AAACGGGCUCCUACCCAACCCAUUGUCUCUCCCCUCCAGUGCAGAGCCGAACUUGAAACGUUCCCUCGCAAUUCGCCUCGGAGGGAGGGACUCCAGGCUUGUGGUAUGCAGUGAGCUGGCGAGCGCUCAGCUUGGGCGGCGGGAGAAGCGGCAGCGGCCAGGCAGCCCAGGUUCGCGAAGCCACAAGGCGCGCCGCGGCCCCCAGGCACUCAGCACGCGCCCGCCCCGCUGCCACGAUGCCCAAGAGGAAGGUCAGCUCCGCCGAGGGGGCGGCCAAGGAGGAGCCCAAGAGGAGGUCGGCGAGGUUGUCAGCCAAACCUGCUCCUGCAAAAGUGGAAACGAAGCCAAAAAAGGCGGCGGGAAAGGAUAAAUCUGCAGACAAGAAAGUGCAAACGAAAGGGAAAAGGGGAGCAAAGGGAAAGCAGGCCGAAGUGGCUGACCAGGAACCUAAAGAAGAUCUACCCGCGGAAAAUGGAGAAACUAAAAACGAGGAGAGUCCAGCCUCAGAUGAAGCAGGAGAGAAAGAAGCCAAGUCUGAUUAAUAUCAUAUACCAUGUCUUAUCAGUGGUCCCUGUCUCCCUUCUUGUACAAUCCAGAGGAAUAUUUUUAUCAACUAUUUUGUAAAUGCAAGUUUUUUAGUAGCUCUAGAAACAUUUUUAAGAAGGAGGGAAUUCCACCUCAUCCCAUUUUUUUAAGUGUAAAUGCUUUUUUUUAAGAGGUGAAAUCAUUUGCUGGUUGUUUAUUUUUUGGUACAACCAGAAAAUAGUGGGAUAUUGAAUAUGGGAGGCUUUGAUUGUCUUGGGUGUCAGCUUAACAUUCCAUAGAUGGGGGAGGUUUUUAUAUCCUGUAAUACAAAGCAUACUAAAUGGCAGUUUGGAGUCAGUUGUGCAUUUAAUAUGUCUUGAACAUUUUAAAUUACUUCUAUUCCCAUGUUUUUGGUAUAAUUGUUUCCUAAAGAAACCACUCCUUGAUCUUGGCUCUCCCUGUCAGAAGUCCGUGCACUCUGUAACAUCUUUGGCGUGGUAGUCCAGUUUUCCUAGUAACCUUGUUAAUGUGCUGUGAAAGAUUGAAAAUUUGAUUAUGUAGUAUAUAUGAUAUUAAAUUGUGAAUUAGUGGGAUUUUGAUGUAACAGCGUAUCAACAUUUGAAGAUAUUGGUACUUGAUACUCUUGAGGAAAAUUAGCCUCCAAAUUUUAAGCUGGAAAGUCACUGGAAUAACAGUUUAGAAAAGAAUCACAACUACAUGACUUUACAUUUUUGGUACGUAUGUUAAGAAUUGUGUACAAAUUGAAAUGUCUGUGUACUUAUCCUCAAAACAAACAAUAAAAUCUCAAUUGUGAAAGAAUUGUUUGAAGCACAUGAAUUAA